GACAGGAAGCUGAGGCGGCGUGUUUUGGAAGAUUUCUUUUUCUGCAGCUGUAUUUUAGAGAUGGAGAAUGUGACGGAGGGCACGUGGAGAAGUUUACCUGUUAAACUCAACGAAAAGAUUUUUCAAACUCUCGACGAGCUGGGAUUUACACACAUGACCCCAGUCCAGUCUGCGUGCAUCCCUCUGUUUAUGAAGAAUAAAGACGUGGCGGCUGAAGCGGUGACAGGCAGUGGCAAGACCUUGGCGUUUGUUAUUCCCAUAUUGGAAAUCCUGCUAAGGCGAGAGGUGAAGUUGAAGAAAAUGCAGGUUGGUGCUCUCGUCGUUACACCAACACGAGAGCUUGCCAUUCAGAUCAAUGAAGUGAUGGAACAUUUUACUAAGCAUUUCCCACAGUUCAGACGGAUACUUCUAAUCGGUGGGAGUAAUCCAAUUGAAGAUGUGGAAAAAUUCAAAGAACUUGGUGGAAACAUCGUCAUUGCCACGCCAGGGCGUCUGGAGGACAUGUUCAGGAGGAAGGCGGAUGGGCUGGACCUGGCUUGCAGUGUGAAGACACUCGAUGUCCUGGUUUUAGACGAGGCGGACCGACUUCUUGACAUGGGAUUUGAAGCAAGCUUGAAUACCAUUCUCGGGUAUUUACCCAAGCAGAGGAGGACUGGCCUGUUCUCAGCAACGCAGACCCAGGAGGUGGAGAACCUGGUGAGAGCCGGACUGCGUAACCCAGUGCGCAUCACAGUGAAGGAGAAAGGAGCCGCGGAGAGCAGCACACAGAAAACACCAGCCAGACUGCAGAACUACUACACGGUCUGCAGAACAGAUGAGAAGUUUAACCUGCUGGUGGCAUUUCUUCGACAGCACAAACACGAGAAACAUCUGGUUUUCUUCAGUACGUGCGCUUGUGUGGAGUAUUACGGGAAAGCCUUAGAAGUCUUAAUUAAAAAUGGAACGAUUCUUUGCAUUCACGGGAAGAUGAAACAUAAGCGCAACAAAAUCUUUACAGAGUUUCGGAAGUUAAAAAGUGGCAUUCUGGUUUGCACUGAUGUAAUGGCACGAGGUAUCGACAUUCCUGAGGUUAACUGGGUUUUGCAGUAUGACCCUCCAAGCAAUGCCAGUGCUUUUGUCCAUCGCUGCGGACGGACCGCUCGCAUUGGCAAUCAGGGCAGUGCUCUUGUAUUUUUGCUUCCUAUGGAAGAAUCUUAUGUCAACUUCCUGGCCAUUAACCAGAAGUGUCCAAUGCAGGAGAUGGCCCCCAUAAAGGACAUGGUAGAUGUCCUUCCCAAAUUGAAGUCUCUAGCCAUGGCAGACAGAGCUAUGUAUGAGAGGGGAAUGAGAGCCUUUGUGUCGUGCGUACAAGCAUAUAACAAACACGAAUGCAGCCUCAUCUUCAGAGUAAAGGAUCUGGACUUUGCGGGCAUGGCUCGUGGCUUUGCAUUGUUAAGAUUGCCAAAGAUGCCUGAGCUAAAAGGAAAGAGUUUCCCAGGUUUUGUACCCGAACUGAUAGACACAGACUCCAUCCCCUACAAAGAUAAGAACAGGGAGAAGCAACGGCAGAAGAUGCUGGCAGAAAUGCAACAGCAGAGACCGCAGGACAGAGUCAGGAAGAAUUUUACCAAGAACAAGGCAUGGUCCAAACAGAAAACAAGAAAGGACAGGAAGAAAAAGAAAGCAGACAAAAGAAAGAGAGAGGAGGGCUCGGACAUUGACGACGAGGAUAUGGGUGAACUGCUCAAAGACACUCGGUUGUUGAAGAAGCUGAAAAAGGGCAAAAUCACAGAGGAGGAUUUUGAGAAGCAAGUGAUAACAGGACCGAAGUCAACCAACAAAAAGGGAGGCGACCACGAGCAGGAUGAUUCAGAGGAUGAAGAAUAGUGGAAAAGAACAUGGCAAUAAAUGAUUUUAUUACACAAAGCCUCAUUUUUACUUAAAAAAUUACUUAUGCAAAGAAAAUGUUCUAGUUAGAAAAUGGUGACUGCUCAUUAGGUUGGUGUUCUAGGAUCACUGCAUCUCCCAGGAUAGCCCAGUGCAGGUCCAGCAUUGUUUUCAGUUAGAACCUGCUCGUAUCUAGUGGAUUAAUGGAUCAAGGUUAGUCAAGCGGCUCGACUUGGAUUGAAUUUGGGACCCAUCAUCUCCCGAUUCCAACAUGUAGACUACAAUCAAGUAGCACCAGCUAUGCAGCACAUGCAUCCCUUGUGCAUUCAUUGCAGGGGCUGACUCGUACAUGCUUCAAGCAGAAAGCUGAUUGCACCCAGCUGUUUAGGAUAAUACUAAAGAGUGGGAUUAUUGGAUCCAAGUCAUAUAUUAGGAGAAAUCUAAUUUUUAAGCAGACUGGUGUUCAACAAAGCAGGUGCUAUCUUUAUGUUUUCAAGCCAGCGUCUGACUCCAGGCGGAGACCUCUUCCAGCAGUGCACGAUGGCUUCUUUGCAGCUUUGAUAUAUGUGAUAUUGUAGGAAUGAUCACGUGCGCUAGGUAAAGAAUCUCAUUCCAGUCUAAUAAAAGGCAAGCAACCUU